CACGGCCGCGUGUAUAUAACGCCCAGACACGGCUACGGCCAGGUAGAACCAACCGUAGAGGCGGGGCCAGUUUUGCUUAGCACCCAGAGAGAGACCGAGAAGGCAGGGGAGGGACGCAAGAAAUCGGGGCCAGAGGAAGCAGUACAAAUUACUGAUGGAUUUUGGGACUGAAUUGAAGGGAUGUGUUUGCCGGAUCAACAACUGCGCCAUCGAACUCUUCUCCAUGAAGGAGGAUUUGGAGAUUGAAGACGAAGACUCAUGGGACCUGGUUGGGAGGGACCUCCGGCUGAAGGCCACCUUCUUGUAUAUUGACCUCAGCCGUGUGAUCUCCUCCUGUGAGAGCGAUGAACGCAAGAAGAUGCUCACUGGCCUAGCCAACAAGUUCUUCUACUUCAUGGACGAGUUGGGCAAUGCGGUGAAGGACAGAAGCGCCCCCCUGGUGCAGGUGUGCUACAGCGACACGACUCAUGUUCUUCGCGAGGUGGUGGCCGCCCUUGUGCCGUCGCAUUAGUCUGGCUCUGGCAUCCAUGCUGAGAAAGCUGUAAGAUCUGGGAGCUUCGCAGUUCUUGGAAACAAGAAAUUGUCCAAAAAGCUGUACAAAGAGGACAGGCCAACAUGAGGGGCCUAUGUUAUGUACAUAUCGUUAAACGGCUGUGGAGUCGAAGCAAACUAAAUGAUUAGUGUCUGGUUUGCCCCAUGGAUUGAGGUGUUCCUGUCAAGUUUAUUUUCUAAAGCUCGUUUCUAAGAAAAAAGCCACCUCGCUGCGUAUACUUGCGCCGUGCAAGCUGGCGUGCUCGUUGGGUAUACCUUGCAUUGCGCAAGCCGGAGUUCGGGGCCUUUCCUCAACGUUACAAUGCAAUGCCUUCACGUUGUCUCCACCAUGUGAUUGAGUUAUUAUUAUUAUUAUUAUUAUUAUUAUUA